CCUCAUAAUGCAUUUCCCCUUCGAUUGACCGAAAAACACUCUCGGUUUCUGACAACUUCAUGCCUUUGCCAACUCGCUCGCGGCUUCAACCCUCAAGCCACACUACCUGACACGCUCGCCGGCCUUAAACGACAGACAGCGAGGAGUCACCGACAACAUUAACACAACUCACUUAAGACAACGAAAACUUAACGAGAUCUGAACCAUGUCUCUUCGUCUGCUUGUAUUUCUUGGUUCAACCCGAGAAGGGAGGAUGGGUGAAAAUGUCGCCAAAUGUGUGAUCAAUAUGCUAAGGGAGAAGGAACAUCAAGCUGAUCUUGUGGACCCGCUGAUAAUGCAAGACGGCCACAUCCACCAGCCACUCCACUUCAUGAAGAACCAAGCUGAAGCACCCGAGUGGAUGAAGACGACCCACGCAUCCAUCCAGGCGGCCAGUGGCUUUGUUAUAGUGACCCCUGAGUAUAACAGUACUCUCCCUCCUGCACUAACGUCGAUCAUGGACCAUUUCCCUCCCGCUUCGUACAGGCACAAGCCCUGUGCUAUCGUCACGUACUCUAUGGGGAGCUUUGGAGGCAUCCGCUCGGCCGCCGCUGCCCGGCCCUUCCUCGCCGAGCUGGGCCUGGUGUCCCUCCCCUCCGUCUGCGUCAUUCCCCAGGUUGUGGGUAAGUUCGAUUCGGAAGGCGUUUGCACAGACGACAGAAUCCAGAAGAACCUUGCCAAAGUUGUCAGCGAGAUUCAGUGGUAUGCAGAGGCGAUGGAGGAGAAGAAGAAAGUCUGUGGCGUCCCUUCUUAAAUAUCUACGGUGCAUUUUGUCCGGUCGUGUACCAUCUUCAAUAUCUACGGUGCAUCUUGUCGGGUCGCGCACCUUCUUAGGUGCAUUUUGUCGGAAAACCAGGCUGAUAUAUAUAUAUCCUGUGUCUGGUGAUUACUGAUAUAUAGAUUAGCUCUUCCCAUUUACAUGUUAUGGGCGACAACUGUUACUGUAAUGCUUGGUAUUUUUAAUUCUUAUAAAACAGGCAAUUAUAUCCUUCCAUGAUAGCAUUAUGUAAUGAUCUCGCGUCGUAUAUACAAUUUUUGAAUGUUUUAGAUUUCAAAUUAUACUCUAAUAAAAAAAAUCGUAUAUACA